ACGGGUAAACCGCGCGGCUCCCAGCCGUUUGGGAAGCGCUAGGGCCGGCAACCGGGGCUUGGGCGCGUCCCCAGAGACCCAGCGGCAGGAGGAGCGGAUCGAGGGUAAGGGCGGGCGAGGGGAGGGCGUCCGCGGCUGAAAAGGAGAGUGAGAGUGAAGGGGCGAGCCCCCGAGGCAGCCGGCACCAUGGAGAUCGUGUACGUGUAUGUCAAGAAACGCAGUGAGUUCGGGAAGCAAUGCAACUUCUCGGACCGCCAGGCAGAGCUGAACAUCGACAUCCCGCCCAACCCGGAGCUGGCCGAGCAGUUUGUGGAGCGGAACCCCGUGGACACGGGCAUCCAGUGCUCCACCAGCAUGUCGGAACACGAGGCCAACACAGAGAGAUUCGAAAUGGAGACCCGGGGGGUUAACCACGUCGAGGGGGGCUGGCCCAAGGAUGUGAACCCCCUGGAGCUGGAGCAGACGAUCCGCUUCCGGAAGAAGGUGGAGAAAGAUGAGAACUACAUCAAUGCCAUCAUGCAGCUAGGCUCGAUCAUGGAGCACUGCAUCAAGCAGAAUAAUGCCAUUGACAUCUACCAGGAGUAUUUUGAUGACGAGGAUGCAGUGGAGGUGACAGAAGAGGCCCCUUCAGCUAAAACCAUCAAUGUUUUCAGGGAUCCCCAGGAAAUCAAGCGACCAGCCACGCACCUGUCCUGGCACCCCGAUGGUAACAGAAAGUUGGCAGUUGCGUAUUCUUGCUUGGAUUUUCAACGGGCGCCUGAGGGCAUGAGCCACGAAUCAUACAUCUGGGACCUGGAAAACCCCAACAGGCCUGAAAUUGCCCUGAAGCCGUCUUCUCCUCUUGUCACUUUGGAGUACAACCCCAAAGACUCCCACGUGCUCCUGGGAGGCUGCUACAACGGGCAGAUCGCCUGUUGGGACACCCGGAAGGGCAGCUUGGUGGCGGAGCUGUCCACCAUUGAGUUCAGCCACCGAGACCCUGUGUACAGCACCAUCUGGCUGCAGUCGAAGACGGGCACUGAGUGUUUCUCAGCAUCCACGGACGGGCAGGUCAUGUGGUGGGAUAUCCGAAAAUUGAGCCAGCCCACAGAGGUGGUGAUCAUGGACAUCACCAAAAAGGAACAGCUGGAAAAUGCCUUGGGGGCCAUCUCCCUGGAGUUCGAGUCUACUUUGCCAACCAAGUUCAUGGUGGGCACCGAGCAGGGCAUCGUCAUCUCCUGCAACCGCAAGGCCAAGACGUCGGCUGAGAAGAUCUUGUACACCUUCUCGGGCCACCAUGGCCCCAUCUAUGCCCUCCAGAGAAACCCCUUCUACCCAAAGAACUUCCUGACCGUCGGCGACUGGACUGCCCGCAUCUGGUCGGAAGACAGCCGGGAGUCGUCCAUCAUGUGGACCAAGUACCACAUGGCUUACCUCACCGAUGGCGCCUGGAGCCCGGUAAGGCCGGCAGUUUUCUUUACCACCAAGAUGGACGGGACUCUGGACAUCUGGGACUUUGUGUUCAAGCAGUGUGACCCCGCCCUCAGCCUGAAGGUGUGUGACGAGGCCCUCUUCUGCCUCCGGGUGCAGGACAACGGGUGUUUCAUCGCCUGUGGCUCCCAGCUCGGGACAGCCACACUGCUGGAGGUCUCACACGGGCUCUGCACCCUCCAGAGGAAUGAGAAGAACACAGCUUCUUCCAUAUUUGAGCGCGAGACCCGGCGGGAGAAGAUUCUGGAGGCGAGGCACCGAGAGAUGCGGCUGAAGGAGAAAGGCAAAGUGGAGGGCAGGGAUGACGACCUGAGGGAGGAGCAGCCCGCCGUCAACCUGGAGGAGCUGGUCUCCAAGGCCGAGGAGGAGUUCUUUGACAUCAUCUUCACGGAGCUGAAGAAGAAGGAGGCGGAAGCCAUGAAGUCCAAGCUUGUAGGGGCCUUGAGCGGGGGCCUGGGUGGGCCGGGUGGGAGCCAGGGCGCCUGAGUUCUGCCUGC